CUUGGUACGCUUCAAGAUGGCGGCCCCCAUGGUGCGGUGUGGGUCGCUCCUGGCUCGAAAAAUAUCCACGUCUCGCCUUUCUCUCGCAGGUAAAAGAUGCCUGCUUUCUGCAGCGUACGUCGACAGCCGCCAGUGGGAAGCCAGAGAGAAGGAGCAAUGCCACCUGGCUGAUCUUGCAUCCUUAAUGGACAAAGCAUAUGAAAGAAAGCUGCCUGUUAGUUCUUUGUCAAUAUCACGGUUUGUGGACAACAUUUCAUCUCGAGAAGAUAUAGAUUCUGCAGAGUACUAUCUUUACAAAUUUCGACACAGUCCCAACUGCUGGUACCUGAGAGACUGGACUAUCCACACCUGGAUUAGACAGUGUCUGAAGUAUGGUGCACAAGACAAAGCCUUGCAUACCCUUGUUCAUAAGAUUCAGUAUGGAAUUUUCCCAGAUAACUUUACAUUCAAUUUACUGAUGGACUGUUUCAUAAAGAAAGAAAAUUACAAAGAUGCUUUAGCUGUGGUUUUUGAGAUCAUGUUGCAAGAAGCCUUUGAAGCGCCGUCCACCCAGUUCCUCUCCCUCCAUGUUUUAUACCACUGCCUCGCAGAGAAGACAGACCUCACGGAGGAAGAAGAAAGGAACUUUGGUGCGUCCCUGUUGCUUCUGGGCCUGAAACAAAGGAACCUAGUAGGCUUGAGCUCCCAGCUGUACGGCUGCGCACUUCUCGGGAAGGUGGAACUGCAGCGAGGGCUGCGGGCUGUGUACCACAACAUGCCUCUGCUGUGGACCCCAGGCUACCUCGACAGAGCCCUUCAAGUGAUGGAGAGGGUGGCUUCCUCCUCUGAAGACCUCAAGCUGUGUAGAGAAGCGCUCAAUGUGCUGGACGGAGUCCUGAAGGUGGUGACGUCUCCAGCUGGCCAGGCUUCAGAGACACAGCCCCAGGAAGAGGAAGGCGGCUUGGGCUCAGCAAACCUGGUGGAGCAGCUAGACAUUGAGGAACCAGAGCAGUCCAAGCUUCCCCAAUACCUGGAGCGCUUUAAGGUCUCUCAGUCUAAGCUGCAGGAGCUGGGCAGAGUGGAGUCCGAAAGUCUUCUGACCCUGACCAGCCACCUUGUAAAAGAAGAGCUUCCCGCCUGCGAGGCCGAGGACCUGGCCGCCUAUGAGCAGAAGCUGCGUGAGUGGCACCUGGAGCAGAUGCAGUUGAUCCAGAGGGAAGAGGCACAGCGGGAAAAAGCGAAACAAGAAUACCAGGCGCUGCAGGCAGCAAAGACUGCGGCCUGAAGGGCCUCAGGCCACCCUGGCAUUCGUCACAGGCAGGGUGUGACUCAGCCCCUGCUGUCCAGCUUCUUUUCUUACAGGAAGCUGUGUAUAGCCUGAAAGCUAGACAUGCUGCAUGUCAAGACAGCGUGUGCACCCAGAUGUCAAGAGCCAAGGAACUAAGAGAGUGUCAAAUGGUUGGGCUGACGCCACCAGCCAAAUCUCUUAUACGGGGCUUUCAUGGCCCACAGUGCAGUCCUGAGCAGAAUGUGAAAAGCUCCAGUAUCCGCUGAGAGUGAGGGGAGAGGCUGCAGCUGAAGAGUGUGCAGCACAGUGUUUGAGUGAUUUCCUGCCCUGCGCAGGCACCUAGGCCAGUGAGGCUGGUGAACCAGGUGCUCCCCCAGCCUACCUUCAGUGGACUCAGCAGCAGCUGCCGCCAGAUGUGACACCUUUCCACUGUCUUCGUGGGCCGCAUAUUCUCCCUGUGUGUGCGCCAUAAGCUUUCCCAGCCUGCAUGCUUUCCAUCCCCACUCUCGGACAGCCAUUUGUAUACCCCCUCCCCAAUAAAUCCUUCCUGUGACGUC